CAGAAAAAUAUGUUACUUAUAACUAAUAUUUCCGUUAUUGUAAGUUCAUUUCGGAGAGACCAAAGGAAUAUUAAACAGCGAAAUGUUGGAAAGUUUUUAAUGCGCCGAAAUUUGAAAGUAUCAGGGCAUGUUCAUUUUGUUUACCUUCCGUUUUUUAGCUGAAACCGAGAUUAGAUCUUCGCCGACAGAUAACAUUUGCGCUGGCUGCUUAAAUCUGUUGGACGAUGACGAGUUUAUUUCCGCCUUGGGCCAGGAAUGGCAUAUGGACUGUUUUAGGUGUUCAGCCUGCGAUGCUGCUUUGUCAAAUUGGUAUUUUGAAAAGGAUGGACUAUUAUUUUGUAAGGAUGAUUAUUGGAGUCGAUAUGGUGAAGCAUGCCAACAAUGUAGUCAGAUAAUCACUGGUCCUGUAAUGGUGGCUGGCGAGCAUAAAUUCCACCCCGAGUGCUUCUGUUGCGGCUCUUGUGGAGCUUUUAUUGGAGAUGGGGACUCUUAUGCGCUAGUUGAAAGAUCCAAACUCUAUUGCGGGCAGUGUUACAAGAGACAGAUGCAGCCGUUGCAGAAGGUGGCCAGAUUCCCUUUUGCCCGGAAGCCGCACUCCAUCCGGCUGGUCGAAAUACCCGGAGGACAGAAAGGUAUUAAAUUAUUGCGGGAAUCGGUACCGAGCGGCAGCGAUCAGUGUUUCACCAUUUGCGAGUUACUAUGGAAAUUGCAGGGCAGGUUACUUGAGGUGGCUUUCGCACUUCUAACAUCCGCUUUUAACAUAUGCUGCUUUUUAAUUCCGCAUCCGCAUAGAUUAGACGUCAACAACGAUUUGAUGUCACUUCACAUAGGAGACAAAAUUUUGGAAAUUAAUGGUAUGCCGGUGAAAGACACUCCCAUAGAGAAUGUCGAACAUCUGCUUCUGUACUCCGACACGGUUUUACAGUUGACUAUCGAGCACGAUCCCGACACCAUCUCGCGAAGAAUAUCGCAACUGACUUCGUUGAAUCAAACGGGCGGCACCCCACUGACUACCACCAAAAGCGACACGAACAUACCCAGAAGUAAGGGCGUGCCCGUCGACGCGAAGGGCUUCGGUUCCGACGAUUCGCUAAAUAAUAACGAACCUUCGGGCGUCAACGACGUUAUCAAUAAGGGAAACAAAAAUGAAAAGUCCGCGAAGGAAAGGCUGUUCAAACGCAAAGACGAGGGAUACAUGAGCGGCACCAGAUCGAGGCAGCUCAGGAGGAAAAACCACCUGGCAGAAGUUAACCAAAGUUUGGACAAGGAGAGAAGUUCGUCGAUGAGCAGACUCUUGGACGACGCUCCCAACUCGAAGAGGUGCUUAGAGUUGUCGCGUGCCUACUCGUUCCUGGAAUCCAGACCGCCGCAAAGGGUGUUCAGGGCGUCGGAUCUGGUAAAGGGCGAGCUGCUCGGCCAGGGUUUCUUCGGGCAAGUGUACAAGGUGACCACCAAAGACACGUCGGAGGUUAUGGUGCUCAAGGAGCUGUACAGGGUGGACGAGGAGGCCCAGAAGAAUUUCCUGAAGGAAGUGGCGGUCCUGCGCAGCCUCCAUCACGGCAACGUGUUGAGGUUCAUCGGCGUGCUCUAUAAGGAGCAGCGACUCCACCUCGUCACCGAAUACAUAUCGGGCGGCACUCUGACGGAAUUGCUGCACGACCUUGGGCAGCCUUUGCCGUGGGAACAGAGGGUGUCGUUCGCAAAGGACAUCGCGUCCGGCGUCGCUUACUUACACUCAAUGAAUAUCAUCCACAGGGAUUUGAACUCGCACAACUGCCUGGUGAGGGACGAUAAGACGGUUAUAGUGGCCGAUUUCGGACUGGCCAGGAUCGUUUCCCAGGCGACGAACAGUGCUAGGCGCGUUUCGUCCAACAGUCCGGCUGGAAACAAGAGGCAAGAGCGGAAGAAACGAUACACGGUGGUGGGCAACCCUUAUUGGAUGGCGCCCGAGAUGAUGAAGGGCAACAAGUACGACGAAAAGGUCGACAUAUUCAGCUUCGGGAUAAUUCUGUGCGAGAUAAUCGGGAGAGUGCAGGCGGACCCGGAUUUUUUGCCCAGAUCGAACGAUUUCGGCCUGAACCAAGCGGCUUUCAAGGAGAAAUUUUGCUCGUCUUGUCCGGAACCUUUUUAUCAAAUCGCCUUUUUGUGUACCGAUCUCAAUCCAGACAAGCGGCCGCCCUUUGAAGUGAUGGAAGUGUGGUUAGAAUCACUUUCCAUGCAUCUGUCGGUGAGCAUGCCUCUUCCGCCCGAUUUGUUGUUCGACAUCCAACAUUAUAGGGGGAUCAGUCCCACCUCCUCCGGCAGCACCACCCCCGAAGGCAUACCGUCAUCUGGGCAUCGCAGUCCCGCACUCGAGCCCAUCAAGGAAGGUAAAAUAAGCAAAACCUCGUCGCCGGAGAAGAAAGCGACGAACGGCGACAACCUCAAACCGAUGGAAAACGUACUAUCGACGAAACCCGCCCUUGGCGACGAACUUUCCGCGAAAAAUUUGGAAAACCCUACCUUAGUGACGAAGAUCCCGGACGUUAGGUCGUAUCCCGAUUACGAGAACAUCGGGUUUUUGAAAAACGACAAGGUGUUCGCGUGCGACACGGAAAAGUGCGUGAAAAGCUUGACGGACGCGGAACUGAAGACGGCGGAAAAGCCCAACAACCGUUGCGGGGACGAGCGCCGGUUCAAGGUGCGCCUGAGGACGGUGCCGAAAAAUUUCACCCGAAACCGGUUCAUGAAGGAGAUCAAAGACAACACGUCCAGUUCGGCCGGCACCUGCGACGACGCCGCCAUAUUCGGCCCGAAGCGCGACUUUCACGCGCCCCCCAGCGCUCCGGUUAUACGCGUGGAACAGCGUUCGCCAGAGAAAACCAACAACCUCAACUUGGACAGCAUCAACGCCGUCCCGUCGGCAGUCACGCAAAAGUUCGUCCACAAUAAGACCGUCAAGGACAACAACAAAGCGAACAACGUUCCCGACCUCGUAUCUUCCACUCCACCCUCUACUACCUCGAAUUUUUUCCCCAAUCCGGAAGAAAGGCAGUUGUCUAGAAACAACCUCGAGAGAUCGAGCUUAGUGCGUAGACGUUAUACCAAAACACCCGACGACGCUCCCGUGUUGAAACGCACGCCACUGCUUCAGCGCAAAGCGACCGGCAAGUUCUAUUGCCCGGAAGUUGCGGAAAUAAAGGCCGACAAUUCCGGGAUACUGGCCAAGGUGCUGAAGAGAACGCCGAUAUUCGAGAGGAGGAGCAUUAAACCCAGCCAGGAGGAGACUAUAACCCGCGCCUACAACUCCUACUUGCCAGACUCCUUAAAAAUGGAAGAAAGAAAGGUCGUCAACCUGGAUCAACUUCCCAAAACCACCUGCACGCCCUCCACUAGCAGUUGCAAGUCCAGCAACGUCGUCAAGAGUAUCGUGGACUCCUUGAAUCGGAAAAGUGGGGGUUUGAGUUUCGGUACCAGGGGCAACUUCGGUAGGAGUUCCUUGAAAGUGUCCGGUAAUCCAAAGGUCAACUUGAAGGGCGUGAUCAGGAGUCGCGAUUCCGAAUUUACCGCCCUCUAAAAUGGUUUUUUGAUUCAGUAUUUUGACAUUCCAUGACAAAUAAUACGGGAGUAUUCAGACUUGCGUCGACGGCCUAUUGAAGUACUAAUUUCUAGAGAAAGUAUUCAGUGCAAUAGCCGCUUUGUGCUCUAUUUUUAGCGUCUAGCUUUUCCAGAGUAUUGGACCGCUGAGAUUUGCCGUAUAUAUAGCCCAAAGUUGAAGGUGCUUUUUAUAACCACGUAUGUUUAUCUCGAAGGUUUGAUGAUGAGGAAUAGAUCUCUUAAAUUUUGACUGCUUGCAACUGAGCGCCCUCUACGAGCAUGGCCAGCAAUGUACUGUGGACUCUUUGAGUCGGAUUAGGAGGGGAUUUGAGUUUCGGUACCAGGGACGGCUUUGGCCGGAGUUCCUUCAAAGUGUUGGGUGUCGGAAACUCAACUUGAAAGCCAUGUUCAGAAAUCUUGAUUCCUAUUUCUUCUCUUAUGCAGUAUUUUGACAUUCCGUCACAAAUAAUACUUAAGUAUUCAGACUUGCGUCGACGGCCUAUUGAAGUACUAAUUGUUAGAGAAAGUGUUGAGUGCAAUGGCCGCUUUUUUACUGCAUCAGCUUGUUUCCCCUAUUUAUAGCGUCUAGCUUUUCCAGGGUAUUGGACCGCUGAGAUUUGCUCUCCUUUCGUUUCUAUAUCCCGAAGUUGAAGUUGCUUUUUAUAACCACUGUUUAUCUCGACGGUUUGAUGAUGAGGAAUAGAUCUCUUAAAUUUUGACUGCUUGUAACUGAAUGUCCUCUACGAGCAUGGCCAGCAACGUACUGUGGACUCUUUGAGUCGGAUUAGGAGGGGAUUUGAGUUUCGGUACCAGGGACGGCUUUGGCCGGAGUUCCUUCAAAGUGUCGGGUGUCGGAAACUCAACUUGAAAGCCAUGUUCAGAAAUCUCGAUUCCUAUUUCUUCUCUUAUGCAGUAUUUUGACAUUCCGUGACAAAUAAUCAUAGUACUCGUAGUAGUACUUAAGCUUCUGUUCGCGGUAAGGGAACGCUGGAUAACAACCAUAUUACUGGUGGUACCUAAGAAUCAUUUUCCAUGAAGUCUUUAUUCCAAUGUUCUUUACGACGCUAGGUGGUUUUUUCGAUGUCUAGCUUUUCAAAACCGCUGUGAUUUAUUCUGCAAUAAUAGCUACGUUUGGUCUUGUCUGUUUUGGAGUUGAAAAGGCUUUUUAAAAUGCCAACUAUUGAGGUUUUUUGAGAUUUGUACACACUAACACAAGGAACCAUGUUGGUUAUUUAAUCAGUUACAAAACACUAUCGUCCCUAAACAAUGAUUUGUUCGAAAAGCCUUUUUCCAAGCAGAAAAAACUGCCAUACCCAUACCAUUGAUUCGGUUAUGGUGUUUCUGCAUUACAAAGCGUGGGACAAUCAGAAAGUCAACUUGAAAGGCAAUCAGAAGUCUCGAUUCCAUUUUUUUUCUCUUAUGUAGUAUUUUGACAUUCCAUGACAAAUAAUACGGGAGAAAUUAGGCUUCCGUUCCCUAUUCGAGUCAAGGCUGGAUAACAACUAUAUUACCGGUGGUACCUAAGAAUCAUUCUCCAUUAAGUCUUUAUGCCAAUGUUCUUUACGACACUAGGCGGCUUUAUCCUUUCAAGGCCGCUGCGGUUUACUCUGCAAUAAUAGCUACGUCUCGUUUGUCUGUUUUGCAGUUGAAAGGGCAUUUUAAAAUGAAAUAUGUUAAUUUAAAUUUUGUGCUACUUGCAUUUGUCAUGUAUCUUUUGAAAGAGUCUAUGCGUUUCACACCGUCAGGAAGUUGUUUUUUUGGGAACAAUUUUAACGUAAAUAUCAGACAUUCCAGUUAAUUAGAUUUGCCAAAGCCGCUUCUAGAUUAUCCAAUUUAUGGUAUAAAUCACCACGAACGUCAAACGAAUAACAUUCCCGACCUCUCAUCUUUCACCUUACUCGAAUAUUAGCGGAAACAUUUUUCUCUAACCAAAACUGGCGAUUUUUUCUUUUAUAGUACCCAAGAAUCAUUUCCUAUGAAGAAUUUAUCCAAUAUCAUUUAUGACACCGUGAAGACGAGAAUUUUAAGUACUAUUUGGUAAAAUUUAAGAGGUCCAGUGCAAUAGCCGCUUGGUUACUGUCCCAGGUAGUUUUGUUUUUUUAUUGUCUAGCUUUUAGUAACAACUACGUUUCGUUUGUAUGUUUUGAAGUUGAAGGGGCUCUUGGUGAUCUUGGAGGUGCACCAAAGAACGAUCUUGGUUUCCAGUGACAGUGGUGGUGUGUAAAAGAUUAGCAUGAGACUAGCACUCAGUGGGAACUGUGUUUCUCGUGCUCUGUUUGAAGAAACCUAUGGGUUUGUUAAUUCUUUUCCUUCACACUACCAAGAAGUGACCUUGUGAUUUUUUAUCCUGACUAUGUACAUAGAUGUGAAGAGCACAAGAGCAGCGCCCACUGAAGAUUUUAUUAAUGAUUUUCUGCUUUCUAGUGGUGUUAAACUUAAGGCUGUGAGUUGUCUUCAUGUGAUAAAUGCUUUAUAUUAUUUGAAAAGUAUGCAUUCCAAGCCACUAUUAUAUACUCUUAAUUAAGACUUUGAGGAAAUAGCUGUCUGGGCACCCUUUCUCAUUUGUUUUUUCCAUUGUAACUCAUCCGUUUCAGUUAUUUCCAGAUCACUGUGCUAUCUAAUUGCUUGGCCUAUUCAUAGAAAUGGGUCUCAAUAUGGGAUUAUAACAGCAUAAGUUGAAACUACUACAACGGUUGCUGCCGACUUUGCCCACAAGCAAUGAAGCAAUCUUUUCCUCCACCCAUAAAUUGCAAGUUAGGCUGUUGAUGGAAAUAGUGCCUGAGAUUUUAACACAGUGACAUAAGGAACCAUGUUGGUUAUUUAAAACAUAAAACACUACCGCCUAAGCAAUGAUUUUUUCAAAAAGUGGUGUAAACUUAUGAUCCAAUCACAUUAGUUUAGAGUACCAUAUGCUUCUAUACCAUUGCCAGCGAUGUAAUUGAUUGAAUUGGUUAAUUAGUCCUUUGAUUUGCUUUGCUUUGUAGGGAAAACUAUUUAGUACAAGCAAAUUAACUUUUUUUUUUUGGUAGCACUAUCAAAGAAAUCUCUUUCCUCCGAGAUUACGUACCAAACGAAAUGUAUGUAAAUAUACUUAGAUAUUAUACUCCGGAAAAAAAAACGCGUUAACCAUUGUUUUUCAGCGGCAUAACAACCCAUUAUACUAAUUUUACUGUGAUAAACUAAGUAUUUGUACAUAUUUUAAUGCAAACAUAAAUAUUUAACAUGAUACAAAGAUUGUAAUAUAAGUAAAUGAUCUUUAUGUUUACUCACGAUAUUUUCUUUUUAUGUAAAUUUAUUUAGGUUAAGUUUCGCGGAUAUUUGUUUACAGUGUGAUAUCGUUUGCUAUCGCCCAAUGGCGGUCGAGUUUUUAUAAGUUGCUCAAACGAGAAUGUUUAACGCCCCGGAAAUAUAAAGGUGUUUUUAUUUUUGUUUUAAUUUGUAAAUGAAAUUUCACUGAAUAAAGAAUUUAGUGCGGUCCAGGCGAGUUUGCAUUGUCAGCCACCAUCCCGUAAAAAAAAAACGAUUGAAUAAUUGUUCAAGGUUUUGAAAGAAAACCUAAUCUCUAUUAAAAUUGAGUAUUCUUCAUAAAAACUGCUUACUGGUUUU